AGGUAUAAUGCUAGGUACAGGUAUAAAAUACACGAUAUCAAAUUCACGGAAUGUACCGGCAGCAGAGGGCGCCAUUAGCCGCGUUCGUCAUGAAUUCUAGGUUGAUUUACGAGCAGACUACUUCGACACAUCGCACGAACCUUGUGUUACCGGGAAAUCCCUCACUUUAUCCAUCGCACAGGUGCUGUAAAGACCGCCUCCCUGCUCCUCAGCCAAUCAGAGCGCAGGGCGACGCUCCCAGUCUGUCUGCAGGUGCAGGUGGACUCAGGAGACGGUUCCGCUCGUAGGUCAUUCCAAGACCCAGAGCAGAAAGGACAAGUCAUACUUGCUGCACAAGGCGCAUAGCGUGAGUCUCGGGAUGGCAAAAAGACCCGGACGGCAAAGGCACCAGCUGCCACACUGUUAUUUUGAGGGGUUUCUGGAGAAGAGGUCGUUCAAAGACAAGAAAUCCCGCAAACUCUGGGCCAGCCUUUGUGGACACACUGUUUUCUUCUACAAUGACAAAAGAGAAUCUGAGUACAUCGAGAAGCUGGAUCUCACUGGACUAGUUUCAGUCACCGACGACAACAGCAUCGAUCGAAACUUGGAUGCAGCGAGACUGAACCUGCAGAUGAAGGACGGGCUGAUCAAACUGACGUUGCCGAAUGCGGAGGCCCGAGAGCUGUGGAAGGGUUUCCUUUACUCUGUGGCUCUGCUGUCUGUUCCGACGUCCAUCAACCUGCUGCCUGGACAGAUCCACACGCUGAAAGAAACAGUGGAGAAAGAGAUAGAGAGAAGAAAGAGCAGCCCUCCACCUGUCCCCGUCAAGCCGUCCAGCCACAUCGACCUCCCCACAUGCUUUCAUAAAGUGUCGCGGGUGGAAGCUGAGCUGCUGCUGGACAAGGAGGCUCAGAGAGGAAACCUGCUGCUGAGGCCGGGGAGGGACGGAAACACGUAUGCCGUCACCACCAGACAAGAUUUCAACGGUCCCGUCUACAAACACUACCGUGUGACCAGUGCGGAGGACGGCGGCUACAGCAUUGACGUGGACAACCCAGUCCAGUGUGCCACGCUGCAGGAAGUGGUCAACUCCUUGGUUCAAAAAACAGACGGGGUCUUGAUCCCUCUUCCUCAGGAGCAACAAUACGCCAGGAAAAUUUCUUUUAUCCGGUCUGAUAAUGAAAACGGGGAGAGGACAGAACAGAACGCGUGUGUACAAGCUUUGCCACCUGUCCCUCCACCAAAGCCAGUCACCACAAAAGUCCCGACGGAGCCACUGGCAGCAGUGACAAACAUUUACCUGAAUGAGGGCGUUCCGCUGCAGAAUUCCUCCGAGGCUCCUCCGCGGCCUCGCUCGUCAUCAUAUUCCCCAGAAGUGGCAGGGAAUUCUCAGAUCAUAAUGCCUCCCGUUCCAGCGCCCCGUAAGAAUACUCCCACCACGUCAGCGUCGCUCUGCAUCCCCAGCAGAGAUGCCAAAAUGAGGACCCACGUCGACCCCCUGAGCCAGACGAUUUCAGAGCUCAAACUGAAACUGGAGAGACAGGCCAAGUGCCUGGAGUGACCCCUGGUGGUGGAAGACUCCACACGUAAAGCUGCUCUGCCUCCAGACCAAGCGGAGGCUGACUUACUGCUGCUUGCUCACUAUGACGUCAGCGCCCCACAGCAGCCUCAUGGACCCCAACUACUUGGAAUUUUUCGUGUCUCAGAGUUGUACUUUUGCACGUUUCACUCGGUUUUGCACAUUUUCAUUGUUUUUAUAGUGAAGGAUUGGAUCAGUGUUUUAUGAUAAAUUGUUUUUACUGUAUUGCAUUUGUACUGUAUAAUGGUUUAUGUUUUUUUUAUGAUCAUUUCCUCAUGCCAGCUUUAGUAGCGUCAUCAAUAACUCGACAAGUCACCAUUGACCACAGGAGAGUUUAGAGACGCAGGUUUUGGUAAUAAUCGCGCCACUCGGAGCAACAUUGACGCCGCUGAGUAGAACAAUGGUGAUUGACACCUCUGAAGGCUCCUCAAGUGAAGGCUUCAGACUCUUUCUGGACCAUCUCAAUAUGACUUGCCACACCAUGAAGGGACUGCAGUGUCAUGUUGAGUAGCUGAUUUUCAAGGUUCAGCAGUUGAAAGACAGAUGCCAGCUUGCAAUGAGAUCACACGUUACACACCUCAAACUGUGGUCAUAGUGGUGCAGUGUGAGAAUAAUACGUCUGGUGACAGGGAAUGAUCUCACAAUUUUCACUGUGAAGUUUUGUGAACUCUGUCUUCCAUUGUGUUUUAUACAGACGAGGAUAAACCUGUACCAUAUAUCUGUAACGACACAAGCAUGUAUUAGUCACUUGUUUAUUACCGCCAUAACUGAUGCAAUAAAGUGGAAAUAUUACAACUAUUUACA